UAAUUGGAUGUUUAUGCAAAUGUUGGGAAACCCACGCCGAAAUAUAGCUAUUGACAGUAUUCUCCGUUGGAAUUACUAUGGCGGGGUAGGCGAACAGUUUAAUAAAGAUUUCUUCCGUAAUGAGAAAACAGGGGCAAACACUUUGAGGACGGAAGACAAGGGGCACGGAACGCUCUGUUUCACAGAUAACAACAAAAUAAAGAAUCGGGAAG